AUGAAGCAUACAGCCACUGCUGCAGUCCUCUCUGUCCUCUUCAGAUCGGCGUAUGCCUAUGUGUAUGUAGGUUGUUUCGAUCCUCAAAUUUUGCCUGAACAAGAUGGUCUGUUGUACGAUGAUUAUCUCGAUGAUUGUCCAGAUCUAUGCCGUGUCAAUGGCACUGCAUACUCGUACUCGUGGCCUAAUCCAGAAGAUCAGGGUGAUUUCCCCACAACAAGAAUAUGUCAGUGUGGGAAUAUCCAACCUAGUGGGAUCUACUUAAUCCCCACAAGUCUUUGUGAUUAUCCUUUUGUCGAAGUGUAUUAUCUCCCUUCCCCGGGCGAUUGGUCAUAUUCCGGUUGUCUCUACAACGGCACAUUCGUGCCAAAUCCAGUAGACGAUUUAGUGGAAUGUCUAAUUCAGUGCGCAGGAUUUCCAACUGCCUAUGUACUUUACAUCGAUAGUACCAUUUCAUGUUCUUGUUCAUGGGACUUACCAGAUCCCGAAGCCUUACAAACGAUCUGUGGCAUAGGUGAUCUCGUGGUCUAUUCCGAAACGGUUUUACCGAGUUCAUUCGCUAGAAUCAGUGCUACAUCAAGAAAGUUUGUCGCAAAAGGUGACGAGUUGUGCCCUAGAGGUUUACGAGCAUGUAGCGUAUGGAAAUCUACGGAAAUGGCGUAUGAGAAGUGUAUCGACCUCGAAACGGAACUUGAAUCAUCCGGUGGAUGUCUGCACGGUCAGCUGGAAAUGACGAGCGGUUUAGUAAACGUGAUUACCAGGACAGAUACUAAUAAGGGAGUAGAUUGUGCAUCUCUACAAGGCGUUCGGCCUGACGGAGUCACUUGUCUGAGUGGAGCAUGCCUUAUCUUCGCUUGUGAAGAGGAGUAUACCUUGCAGAACAACUUGUGUUUGCCUCGUUAA